CAACUUAUAUUAACUUGCAUUGAGGAAUAACGUAGGGGACGUUAACUUUUUACGUUAUGAAAUACUUUCUCGCUUUAUAUACAUGUUUUGUUGUUUUACAGAAUCAAGUGCUAUCAUCGGGAUACGAAGACAUACAAAGAUACGAUGAUGUACCGCAACGUUUUAAUAGUAACGCAGAAAGCUUUGAAAUAAAGGAACCAACUGAUCAGUACAAGAUUGAGAGUAUGGCUGGAGACGUAACCGAUUUGUUGGGAUCUAAUGUUCAUUUCCGACAGCCGGGAACUUAUGAUGACUACGGUAGACGAAGAUUGUUAUUCUUCAAUGAUAAUGGAAAUAGGAAAAAUUCAAUCCCAGAAAAUGACAACUUGACACCGAUGAAGGCACCUCCAGAAUUAGUUCUAGCAUUAGCGAAAUUGUCUGCGAAACGUCAAGCAAAUACUGUAGUUGACCCUUUAGAAGAAUUAGCCAAGAGAUCUAUAGUCAGAACUGGGGACUAUUGGGACGGCGUGUGGAAGGAAGACGUUGAAACAACUAAUAAUAACGUAUUGAGAUCUAUCGAUAAAUCCAAAAAUAAACCAUUUCCUGGUAUCGGUAUAGUUAAAGCGAAAGUGGCCCCCGGGUCCAAAUUAUACAGGUUGAUAUCCGUGCUACAAGAAUUCUCACCACGACUACUCUAUGUAGUAAAUAAAAAACAAGGGAAAUGA